AGUGCGAGUGAGCUCGGGAUGGAGCUUCCGGGUUGUAUUCGUGGACGGUACGUGGAAGACCCAUACUUCAGGAAGAUUGUCGCGAAGCCGGACGAGUUUCAGCACUUUCAGUAUGUAGAUGGACUGCUGUAUAAGCGGGAAGAAGGUUCACACCUGCUGUGCGUACCAGAUAUUCGUGUAGGAUCGCGUAAGCUCCGGGAAAUCUUGUUGAAACAUGCGCAUUCACUGUUAGCCCAUCUCGGAUCCAAGAAGACUUUGGAUUACUUACGAGCCGAAUUGUGGUGG